AGUGCGUCAGUUUUGUGGUGCUUCCGCGUUUUCGCUCUCGGUCAUUUGAUCUUUGAUUGGAGUAUUUUAUCUGCGUGUUGUCAGUUUUCCGACGUUUUUAUUUGAUCGGGGUCAUUUGGAUCUCAAACACAACAAGCAUGGAUAAAAUCCAAGUUUUGCUGUCGAUAUUUGCCGUUCUGAUGGUUCGUGACCAAUUUAGCGAAGCAGCAAGAACAACAACACAAACUACAACUACAAGUGCUAGAGCGCCUACAAUCCGUCCACCUGUCCGCAAACCUUGUAACACUCUGACUUCCUGUGACAGCUGCCUCGCCAAUGUUUCAUGUUUGUGGUGUCAGACCAACAACACCUGUACAGAUUAUCCGGUGUCUUAUAUAAUCCCACCGAGCUCCGUGUGUAAACUGUCUCAGGCCCGCUGGGGGGUUUGCUGGGUGAAUUUUGAGUCGUUGAUCAUCGCUAUGGCAGUGGUGAGCGGGGUGCUGCUGCUGGCCGUCACAGUCUGCUGCUGUUGCUGCUGUUGUUGCAGACGCAGCCGCUCCACAAGGUCUGAUCGUGAAGAGGAGCAGUACGCCAGAAGACGAGAGGAGAUCACACAGAGGGCAGAUGAACGGAGGGCAGAAAGGAGAACGAAACAUGAUCAAAUCCGCAAGAAGUAUGGUUUAAUCCCAGAUUCAGAUCAUCCGUACAGCAAGUUUGAGAACGAGUGAAGCCUCAGAUGUUCAGCGGUGGAAAGAAACGCAUCAGCACAUUCUCUGAACAAACAGAUUUCUGUAGGUUCGCUCGAGAUGCCGAUACUGAGAUUACCUUGUUCGCCCUUUCAUUGGUUAUUUACUCGUCACUCUCUGCUCUCACUCCAAACACAACAGCAUCACAUUUUAAUGCUUAACACACAUGAUCGAUGGAUAAGGCCAAAGUGGCUCUUGGACCGUCAGGAAUUGUUUUCUCUUUUAAAGCAAAGAAACUGUUGAAGCAGAAGUUCACUCACCCUCAUGUCAGUCCAAACCCACGUUCUGUCAUUUUAUCUGUGGCAGAAAAGUCGUUUCUUUGUAGAAUCUAAACGCAGCUCUUAUUUCAUCGAUGUAAUGAAAACGCCGUCACGUGUCAAACAAGACUAAAACAGCAUGAAAUGAUCAUAAAUGUAGUUGAUUUGACUUCCUAAUCCUCUGAAGUCGUUCAGUAGCUUCUAAUAAUCUCUGCUGCAGAUGUCCAAUCUCAUUUUCUCUUUGGCACGUUUAAAUAUGUGCAUGUGUUGAGUUGAACUGAAUGAAGAUUUGAAGGGUUCAGCAUCAGUAGACCGUAGCUCAUACGUCGAUUGUUUGAUAUUGUAAAUGUGUGCGAGACGUGAAUGCCAUGGUGGUGAUCUCUUCUGCUUUCGUGUUAGACUGAUAAAAUCACACAUCUAUACGUUUGGAAGGACAUGAGGGGAAAUAAAAACAGAUUUUGUGGGGGUACAUUUUUCUUUGAAACACACUGAUUUGUUUGUGAUGGUAAGGCCAUUGAAACCAUAGUUUUAAAUCACUCUCGCUUCUGUGAAAUGACUUGGAUGUCUGUAUUUAUGCGUGUUCUCAUUACAACAUUUCCUAAUAAAAACAAGCUUUUAAA